UACUAUCACACUGCCAUACUAUGUGGCAAAAGCUUAGUGGCACGUUCCCCAAUCAAACCUUCCCCCCAUCGCCAUUCGAUCUCGGCCUCAUCAGCCCUCACUCAGUGUCGCCACUGCCUCAUCGCCGCCGCUUUUUCGCCGUGGAUGCUCUGAAUGGAGACGCCAUCGAAUGAAAAUUCGGAGCACUCAACCACUCCUUCCAAUGAUGCUGGUCCCAACGAAGAUAAUAUCGUCCUUGAAGCCACUAAUCACGGAGGCGUGGAACUGGAGUGUGAGAUUGUUGAAGAAGAAAUCAAAGGCAUACUUGAAGUUAUUGCAUCCACUGGGAAAUUCUGGCAUGAUUGGUACAAAUUGAAGAGUAUGCUAUCCUUUCAGCUGAAGCAGGUCUUGUCGGAGUAUGCUGAGGCAAAAAUGACUAUGGAGCAGCAAAAUGCUUCUUUAGGAGAAACAUACCUGGAGCUUGUAAAAAGGUUGGAUGAAGCUCUUCUUACCUUUGUUGAAGGUCCUCCAUUUACCCUGCAGAGGCUCUGUGAGAUCCUAUUGGAAGGACGAAGUAUUUAUCCAAAUCUCUCAAAGCUUGCUUUAGCACUAGAAAAGAAUUUGUUGGUGACGUCUAUGUUGACAAUCUCUACUGAUCCGUAUCCGCAAUUAACGAUAUUGCAAAAGGCAGAUGAAGCAGAGAAAGCAAGCGAAGAACCCAAGCCUCACCCGAAUUCAGUACAAAACGGGGUUGAGGCUGUGUUAGGAGACAGGGAUGAAGUAAUGACAGAUGUAGAAGAGGCUGAAAUAGAUGAUGAAAUGACCAUUGACAUGGAAGCCUUUGAAGAAAUUGUUGGAUCAUCAGAACCAAAAUCCGAACCAGCUACUGAUUCUUAGUCUGUAGGUGAUUACUUUUGGUCAAUUGAAUGCCUCAGUUUUUCCCGAGCUCAUGGUUCGGAUUUUCAGAUGGGCAGUGUGGUUGGUGCCCACUGUAUUCUGGUUCUUGGUUCGGUAAACCUUCAAGUUAGCGUUCAGGAAAGAGAAAGUAGAUCCUCGCCACAUGGAAUGAUGGAAUCACACAAUUCCUAUUUCUACAUCCCAUGCAGAUGCUGUAUUAAUAAUUUCGACAUUAUAUUGAGGAGCCUUGUAUGCAAUCUAAACAAAUUGACUGGGGUCAUAAAUCAUUCAUUUGGAGAAGUUAUUAUUUAACUGCAUAGAGUUACAGUGCCUCUCCAGAUAUGGGGAGGCAUUCUACGUGGAUAGUUAAGCCAAUGCGAGCCUUUUUUUGGGCUUUUCCUUGCGCUUCAUUGGACAAAGUUUCUAUUUAAACCAGGUUGGAAGAAAUUUAUU